AUGAGCGAUGAUGCUCUCAACUCCACUCUUUACUAUGAGAUUCAAAAAGUCAGCGAAUUGCAGAAUUUGGUGGAGAUUUGUGUGUUGGCAAUGCUGGGCACAGUUGGCUUAUGUUUUGGCUUUAUGGGAAUCUAUGUUGUUGAGACGAAUCCUUACUUGAAAGACCUGGGCCCUGGUCCUGCUCCACUAAAAGCCCUUGGACUUGCCGUAGGCUUGGCCGCC